GCGACGCUGUUCCGUAAAAUUGAAAUUUUUCGUACAAAAAGUUGCAGGCCUUGCAGCCCAUUAAACGAAAAGGGCAUAUUCACUCAAAAGAUGACCGGACUCUCCUAUUACGUAGCAAUAAAAGCCGGACUCCAGUGACAAUAUUUGAGUGUGCAAGCGAAGAAUAAUAGGUGUACCUGUAAAUGUCGAAAGAGUCUGCAAGCUUUGCUGUGAUUUUUUUUUAUGCUCGGACUCGGGUUCUGUUAGUGCAGUGUAAUUGCGUGUAUGUAAAUGUCCAUAGUGUGGCCUAGUGUCGUCGUUCAAGAUUUUUAAUUACAAGUACCGAAUAAAACUUCAGGAUUAGGAAUGUCAGUGACUUACGCUCAGCGUGGCAGGCCGCCUGCGACUCCUGCUCAAAUACAAAAAAUGCUGGAUGAAAAUUGUCAUCUCAUACAAACUAUACAAGACUUUCAGAACAAAGGAAAGUCUCAGGAAUGUAUGCAGUACCAACAAAUGCUGCACAGAAACUUAGUCUAUUUAGCAUCGAUAGCCGAUGCAAAUCAAAAUAUUCAGGCACUUCUUCCGGCACCUCAGUCAAUUCCAAAUGGACCAACACACAACAUGAUGGCACCUCAAGUCCCUCCAAACGUCCCUCCUUCUCAACCUGGACCAGGAACAGAAAUGCCCCCCAAUGCUCAACAACCCUUGCCUAUGUCUGGCUUUAAUCAAGGCCAAUCUAUGCCACAGGCGGGUUACAGAGGUCCCGUCAUGCCUGGCCAAGCACCAGCUAUGAAUAGGCCACCUGCAGGUCCUGGCCCACAGCAGUACAGAGCCACUCAACAAGGUUACCCACCUCAACAACCACCACAGCAAGGUUACCAUCCUCCUUAUGGUAAUCAAGGACCAACAGCUAAUUAUCAAGGACCUCAGAACGCCAACUAUGUAACUGGUCAGCCAAACCAAUAUGGUCCUCCGGCCACUCCUCAACAGCAGGGUUAUCCUCCUACGAAUCAACCUAAUUAUGGACCACCCCCAACCACUGUGAAUAGUUAUGGACCUCAACCUAGCGGCUAUCCACCCCCUAAUGCAAAUCAGCCUCCUGCUGGGUAUGGACCCCCACCUCCAAAUCAACAGGGAUAUCCGCCUGCUAAUGCAGCUCAGCAAAGUUUUCCAGCUACUGGGCAACAGCAGCCUGGACAAUACGGGGGUCCAAGUCCACAGGGGAAUUACCAGCAGCCACCCACGCAAGUCCCACCACCUCAAAACGCAUACAAUCCCAAUCCCCAGACUGGAAGUUAUCCUCCUCCAUCUUCUCAAGGCUACCCAAAUAACGUUCCGCCCCAACAGCAGUACCCUCCUCCACCAGCAUCAAACGCUCAACCCCCUCAACCGCCCGUACCUCAGCCACCUCAGCCAGGACCGCCACAGCCCAAUUACGGUAACCAGCCUAGUCCUGGCCCCGGUGGUGGGCCAGCACAGUAUGGCCCUACCUCGAGUGCUCCUCCGUUUAGUGUGGCAGCAGUGUCAGGCAGCGGUGUCAACACUUAUGUUCAGAGUAGUCAGCCCACGUGUACACCAUCCGCUUCAACGCAGACCAUAUCACCGAAUCCCCCACCUCAGACUCCUCAGCAGGGCAACUAUCCUCAACCAACUCCACCUCCGAAUUGGGGGAAUCCCGUGCACCCGUCUCAUCAACCACCACAUCCGCCUCCACAUCAGCCACCUCAUCCGCCCCCACACCAGUCACCGCACCCACCACAUCAGCAGCCAUCUCCUCAUCCACCGCACCAACAGCCGUCACCCCAUCCACCGCAUCAACAGCAACACCAAGCUCCACCGCCCCAUCAGUCGCCGCACCCAUCCCCGCAUCAAUCUCCUCAGCAAGCCCCUCCAUCUCAAACUCCACCACAGCAACAGCAGUCGCCCAGUCCUGCGCCGACGGGUUUUCAGCCUCCUGCGGGACCUCCUCAGGGACCUGGAGGACCCCCCCAGCCCCAGCCUCAGAGUGCGUACGGUCCACCACCUCAGUCGCAUCCCGCGACAACGCAAACUUAUGUUCCAACAGCGCCUGGUGGACAGCCACAAGUUUACCCACCGCAUCCUCCUCAGCCGGGUCAGCAUUAUGGUCACCCUCAGUAUCCACCACAAAAUUAUCCUCCUCCACCUGCUGGUCAGGGAUAUGGACAGUAUCCACCAAGACCACCCGCGGGACACAUGCCUCCACCUCCUGGACCGCAAGGCCCACCUCCCAAUCAGUAUGCUGGUUACGGGUAUCAGCCACCUCCUCAAUAAGAUUACUUCAAUAGGUGGCUAAACUUUUAAAAAAUUGCAACUAAAGAUUGAUGGAGUAGUCUCUUUGAUAUUGGGUUUACAAUUUAAUUGUGUUUAAAAUCCAUGUUCCUAAUAUUUUCAAAUUUUUAGAAGUCGACGAUUUUUCAUUUUUAACAACUUGUAUGGAACCUUAUUUUUAUUUUUUCAUAAAUAAAUAUUUUGUGAUGAUUAACUAUUAAGAAUGAUGUGGUCUGUACAUUUAUUAAUAAGUAUGAUGGUAGGAGAAAGGUGUCAAGAAGAUUCGAUUUUUCUUAACGUACCAUAGAAAAGAAUGUGUGAAAAUGUAAAUGGAGUGUACGAAACUUUGACAUUUCUCUAAGCUCCAUUGUAUAUUGUAUAUUAUGUGAUUUUGAAUAUUAAGUAAUGAUGGAAACAUGUAUUCUAGUAGUUGAUUCUCAAAAAAUGUUUUUAACCUAGCAUUUAAAGCACAUUGAUGAAUUUGUAACGCAAAUAAUUUGUACAGCUAAUUUUUGACACGAAACAUUGACAUUAUUUGGGCGAAUCAACUGCUAGUCACAGAAUAAUGUUAAUGAAAACGACUGACUUUUGUCAAUAGGUACAAUUACAUUAAUAGUACCAAAUAAAGUAUCAUAGGUGUUCAUUUAAUGAUGUGUUAAAUUUAUUAAGCGAAUAAAGGGAACAUUAUUUUGUUGCAAAUAAAACUUGGAAAUUUUUUAUUGCUAAAGAUAAGACAGUUUUAAGAAUUUUUCAGACAGAGGCAAAAUAGAUGAUAUUUUAGAAAUAGUCUAUAAUAAUUGUACAUACAUUUAAAAUUAUUUGCAACAAAAUUCAAAAUACAUUCCUUUAAAAUUAUUUAUGAUUGAGCAAUUUGUUUGUUCUAACUGCAACGUUGUAAAUCAAUGAAAACGCUUUCAUUUCUUCUAGUGUAAGUUUUCAACAAUCUUGUACAUUAAGAUUUGUGUAUUUACAAAAAGUUUUAACAUAAUAGAUAAUCUUUUUCAA